AUGGAGCCAGCGUCAGUGAGGACCAAAGUGCCCUCCUUCCUGUCCGACCUGGGGAAGGCCACGCUCCGGGGCAUCCGGAAAUGUCCCCGCUGCGGCACUUACAACGGCACCCGAGGCCUGAGCUGCAAGAACAAGAACUGCGGGACCGUCUUCCGCUAUGGCACACGCAAGCAGCCCAGCGUCGACGCCGUCAAGAUCAUCACCGGUUCCGACUUACAGGUUUAUUCGGUGCGGCAGAGGGACCGGGGACCGGAUUACCGGUGCUUUGUGGAGCUGGGGGUCUCGGAGACGGCCAUCCAGACGGUGGACGGGACCAUCAUCACGCGGCUCAGCUCCGGCCGCUGCUACGUGCCGUCAUGUCUGAAGGCGGCCACGCAAGGUGUGGUGGAGAACCAGUGCCAGCACGUCAAACUGGCCCUGAACUGUCAAACCGAGGCCACCCCACUUGCCCUGAAAAGUUCGGUGCUUAACUCCAUGCAGGCUUCGCCUGAAACCAAACAAACCAUAUGGCAGCUGGCAACCGAGCCCACGGGGCCGCUGGUGCAGCGCAUCACCAAGAACAUCCUGGUGGUGAAGUGCAAGGCCAGCCAGAAGCACAGCCUGGGCUACCUGCACGCCUCCUUUGCCCAGAAGAUGAGCACCAAGACGCUGGCGGACCACAGGUUCUCCUGCUCCUGCCAGGCUCUGAAGCCCGGCAAGGGCGGCCCGGCCGAGGACGAGGAGGCGGCACCACCGCCGCGCUGCAUUCACUUCUUCGCCUGCAUCU